CGGCUGCGUCCUCCCCGGCGGCGGGCAUGGCGCCGUUGACCGCGCCCGUACGCGUCUGAGGCGGCGGGGGUGGCGAGGACGAGGCGAGAUGAGGCGCCUGCAGCCCGGAGCCGCGUUGCUGCUGUCGCUGCUAUGGGAGGAAUUGUGUGCUCAUAUGUCGGGAAUGAUGAGGCAGAGCCAGUGCUUCCAAAGGAAAGAUGGCUGGAAUGAGGACCCACAGCUGAUUCAUGGUGUCACGCUUGUCUCUGUCAGCUGGGCUCCUAGUCUGAAACCUUUUAAUCUGAAGAUGGGAACUGGUGCCUCACAGAGGAGAAAUGCAGCUAGUUGGCAGCACCACACAUCUGUUAUGUGUACAGAGGCCAAAAAGCAUUGCUGGUACUUUGAAGGGUUAUAUCCUACCUAUUAUAUAUGUCGCUCCUAUGAGGACUGCUGUGGUUCAAGAUGCUGUGUAAGAGCCCUCUCUAUCCAGCGACUAUGGUAUUUUUGGUUCCUUUUGAUGAUGGGAGUUUUGUUCUGUUGUGGAGCUGGCUUCUUUAUCCGAAGACGGAUGUACCCUCCUCCACUUGUAGAAGAACCUACUUUUAAUGUGUCUUACACCAGACAACCAGUCAACACUGCAUCAGGGUCACAGCAACCUGGAGUGCCAUAUUACACAGACCCAGGCGGACCUGUGAUGAAUCCCAUGGCGAUGGCUUUCCAUGUCCAGCCCAAUUCCCCCCAAGGAAACCCGGUUUACCCUCCUCCACCUUCCUACUGCAACACACCACCUCCUCCGUAUGAGCAGGUGGUGAAAUCCUCCACAUGAGGACUCUGUGGCUCUGACCUGACUCUGGGAGAAGAAGGUGCCAUUGCAAAACAACCAGGAUGGUGGGUGGGCAUCUGCCCCUUUGAACAUUUGCUAGCUUUCCAUGUCCUCUCUCCCUUCCUAUCUUGCACCUUUCCUCAUUAAAUUUCCUUGCAAAGGGGUGAUUUUUUUGCAGUAGAAGUGGAUUUUUUCUUUGUCUUUAAAAUGAAAUAAGUUGUCUUUGUAAUGCUUUUAAUGGAAAUCUAUAUUUAAAACCUGUA